AUGGCUAGCUUUAUGGAAGACGAACGAGCCCGGAAUUUACGCGAGAAGCUGCCUAGCAGGAAUACGAAAGCUAGGAGAUCUUCGAAAUCCGGAAAAAAACUUCAUGUGAAUGUGACAUCUAUCGAGAAGCGGCGGCCGUCCCCACCUCCGCCAAGCGUAGAGAACAAAGCGUUUAAAGAGAGUAGUGCUUCAUCUGACUUAGGCACUCAAGGAGCUUCUGGUUCAUUCAAACGAAUUUUUGGUACUACCGCGAGCAUGUUUCGUGACAUGAGCAGCAUAUUAAGGAAUAUGACACAGCGAAAGGAUAACCCAGAUGUGACAUCGUCACCGACUAAUUCCGAAGACCUUGAGAAGGGAGACGUGCGGACUGAAAAGAACAAGCCCACAGAGAUCAAGAAUGAUGUAGAAGCGCCAAACGGAAUAGAUCAUGAGAUAAACGUACUACGGGAAGGGCUCAAAGAAAUUAAAGCCGAGGCCGUCCAGAAUGUUGAUAAAGCAAGCGAUAAAGUUCCAGUGACACUAGACGAAAUGAAAUCUGCACCAGAGCACACAGAAAAUUUUGUUUCUGUUAAUGAAGGAGUAGGGAUACCCGAGGCCAAAGAUGAAAUCGAUAUCUCAAAUAAAUGCGCACAAGGCUCUUUACUCCCAAUUCUUCAAGCCAAUAACAGGCAAGCUCAGAAUUCCGUCACAGUAUCUCAACCUGUUUUACCAUCGACUUUAGACACAAUUCAAGAAGAGCAAAGUGCAGAAACUAAGCUCCCUAUCUUCCUAGGUUCUAAUAAAGUGAGUUCAGGACGCCAGUUAAUGCAGGUUGGCAAACCUACUGGUUCAGACGAGAAGGAGAUUGCCGAAACAUCAAAUGCACACUCAGAAACAGGACUAUCUAUUAAAGAACAAUUCGCUUCUAGAGCUUCAGCCGAAGAACGCCGUAUACCAUUGAGCAAGAUUGAUGAGGCUCUUGUGAAGGCAUAUUUACUUCCAUAUAAUCCAGGAGAAGCACCUCUUCAGAUCAGACGAACAUUGGAUCAGUACUUCUAUUCUCAUCUUGUAAAUACGUCACAGAGAGAUAGUGAUCAGGUAGUGUAUCGUUACAUGCGAGACAAAACUUCUUAUGAUCCUAAGAUGUUCAUGGUAGAUCAACUUUGGCUCUGGGUUAUCAGCGAUGAAACAGUCAUAAGUUGUUGUCCCCAACGGUGGGAUAUUUGGAGCACCAGCGAUUCCACUCAGCCUGUACUUGUACCAACGCCGCUGCCAUCAUCAACAUUACCACCGCAUCCGCCGCCAAAUCUUCAUACACAAAUAGAAGAAAAAGAUGCUUUGAGACAGCCAUCUGUAUCUUCCUCACCUUUAUUUGAGAUACUUCCCGUCCGUCUUGAGCCCCUUUCUAAGCCACCUGAGCUCGCACUAAACCCCACAGAGGCAACUCAGUCCGGCUUAAAGGCUUUCCACAUCUCCAAAGGCCAAGAACGUCUCAACGCAAGCAACAAGAUGACUGAUUCAAGGCCACUUGAAAGAUCCACACCUAACCAAAAAAGGUUUGAGCCCAAGGGCGGGGUAUUGGGAUGGUUAUCAGGGGCACCGAAAAAAAGCAGCAAAAUGCCUCGGGCAAAAUCCCGACGUGAUCAGUCUAGAAAUACUGAUGAUCAGCAUGUCACUUUCGAUAGUCCAGAUUCAUCGACUGCCGAAAAACGAAAACGCUUGGCAGUUCUACGCCAGGACCCUCUGAAUGUCCACCAGAAAGUACUUAAGUACCUGCAAAGCUCGACACGACCUCCCAUAGUCUCACCCUACGAUGUAGCCAACCUUGUGGUUGACAUGUGUGUAAAUCUUUUCGAUCAAUAUCAAGUACCAGAAGAGUUUCAAUUCUUCGAUUUCUUCGAACGAUCCAUCGGCGUUGUGAUUGAUAAGGAGGCUCAAUGCUUUCGCAAUUUCUCGGACGGACUUGCCCGUGCAGAACCGGGCCUCAACUCUGGAAAUACGGAAUCCGAUGGACUGUUCAAUAUUACAGAAGAAGUUCAGUUAUUGGUUGAGAUUCGAGAUAUUCGUGAUGAAUUGGCAAUUCUUCAAAUGAUAUUAAGUGACCAAUUGAAUCCAGUCGAAGAAUUUAGCCAGAUUAUAGCCCAACGCAGAUCGCAGUCCAAUUCGAUGAAAGACAGAACCUCGGAUAUGAUGAUAAAGAACUAUUUGUAUCGGAUUGAAAAGAUGGAAAGAUUGGCUGAUAAGACAUAUCUAUCUCUCAAUCACCUUCUCGAUUUGAAACAAAAACAAGCCAACGUCUCGGAAGCGCUAUCAUCUCGCAAGCAGAUGGAGAGCUCAACCAUCCAGGCUGCAGCUGCAAAUAAACUCGCUGAGACCAGUUUAAAACAGACGUAUAUCGCCACUGAGCAGGCCUUCGAGAGUGUUCGGCAAGGAAGGACUGUUCUUGUAUUCACAGUGGUCACGAUUAUUUUCCUUCCCCUAUCGUUUAUGGCAGCAUUCUUCGCCAUUAAUAUUGACGUAUUCCCAUUCAAUGAUGACGGGAAGCUACCACUGGAUUAUGUACUGAAGUACAUGCUAAGCAUAUCUGGCGCUAUGUCUAUCCCGUUUAUUCUGAUAGCACUAAACCAAGACCGAAUCGCAGCUGCAUUAAAGGCCAACCGAAGAGGUUCACUGAGGAUAUGUUUCUUAGUUUUACUUGUGAUCAUCUUGCUCUCGGUGAUUUGGACGACGGGACUAGCAGAAGGUAUCAAGGCAGCAGUGACGGCAUUUUUUGUGCUUACUGUUGUUGUGGGGUCAAUAUUGUACUUGUAUCCCACGCUGGCAAAGUCAUUUAUCGAUAUCAGUGAGAGUGGGAGUGAAGCCUCUAGCUCAUAG